GGGAACCAAAGGCUAAGCUUCACAUUUUGUCUUUGACUCACUCUUCCACAACAAAGUUAACACCUUCACCUACAUUUUCUCACCACUUUUCUUCUUCUUCUCUCUGCAAUGGCAACCGCUACCAAACACCAAAAACUACCCCUUGAACAAAACCAACAAGACCCAAACAAGUUCUACUACCACUUCAUCUACAAAGCCACACUUGUCCUCUUCUUCUUCGUUAUUCUCCCGCCCUUCCCUUCACAAGCUCCCCAAUUCAUCAACCACUCCCUCCUCACCCGAAACUGGGAACUCCUCCACCUUCUCUUCGUCGGCGUCGCCGUCUCCUACGGCCUCUUCAGCCGUCGAAACCACGACGCUGACAAAGACAACAACAACAACAACAAGUUCGACACUGCACAAUCUCUUGUCUCAAGGUUCCUUCAAGUCUCUUCGUUUUUCGAGGAUGACGUUGAAAGUGAAAGCCCAGUUGAGUCCGAUGAAACAAAAGUCCAAACGUGGAACAACCAACACCAUAGGAACCAACCCGUGCUUGUGGUAGCUCCACGCUUAGACCACACUGAUUUUGAUCACCACAGCCCCGAGAAGCCUUUGCUUUUACCUAUUCGAAGCUUGAAGUCUCGUUUAUCUGAUGAGGAUGAUGAUCAUGUUGUUGAUGUUCAAUCUCUCAACAGCUCAACCAGCUCCAAAAGAUUUUCAAGCAAUACAAAUGCAGAAGUUGAAGCUAAUGAUGUUGAUGUACGGUCUUUACAUAGGUCAACCAGUUCUAAAAGAUUUUCGAGCAGUUCCGAAGAUGUUGAUGUUCAAUCUCUGAGCAGGUCCACAACCUCUAAAAGAUUUUCAAGCAGAAGUUUGAAUAGGAAUUCGGAAGUUGAAGAUAAAAAGAAAGAGAACGUGGCGGUGCUUCCUUCUCCCAUUCCAUGGCGUUCUCGAUCAGGAAGAAUGGAACCUAAACAAGAAGAAGCUGAUGAUGCAUUUAACAUGGUGCUUCCUUCAAAGGAGGAAUCUCGUCUUGUGAAGUCUCAAACUUCGUCACGUGCUUCUUCUAGAACACGUUCUUUGUCUCCAUCACCAAACCUCGCUCCUUUUUCAUCGGAAUCACUAGCAAAGAACGCAGAGGAUUUGGUGAGGAAGAAGGGGUUUUACAAGUCUUGUCCACCACCACCUCCACCACCCCCACCAAUGAUGUUUCACAAAUCAAUUUCCAUGAGGCCAAGGUAUGGUGAAGCACCUUCCUUUGAUAAGGAGCUGAAGCGAACCUUCACUAUGUCAGUAGGAGAAAAUAAAAAAUUUCAUGAGGAAAAACCACCCAUGCAACGCACGUCGUUUAAAAGUGAUCACAAGUUCAUGGGACAUGCAAACGUGCCUCUUGUUUCUGAGCCAGUUGAGAAAAAAGGCUUUCUUAAUAAGGUACUUGUGGAGGAAUCUGAUAAUGAUGAUGAAGAGGUAGAUGAUGAUGAUGAUGAUGAAGACACAGAAACCGAGGAUGAUGAUGUUGGAGGAGAAAGAAUCGUGAUUCUUCAGAACGAGGACAAUGGGAAAGGUCCACCUCUCAAUGGUGGAGAAAGUUCAAAAACAGAUGAAGCUUCUUUUGGAACUAUGAGCGAUGAAGGACCAGAUGUGGAUAAGAAGGCUGAUGAAUUCAUCGCCAAGUUUAGAGAGCAAAUAAGGCUUCAGAGAAUUGAGUCCAUCAAGAGGAGUACAAAGAGUGCAAGAAACUCCUCAAGGUAAUAAAUAACAGUGAAGAUCGAUAUAUAUACUUAUGUUUACUAAUUACAACAUUAGUUAAAUGGGAUGUAAUUAAAUUGACGUGGAUGUUUCUUUCCACAUCUUAAGGUAUAAUUGGAUUUAUGUCCUCUUCCCCAUUAAUAUUAUGCUAUAGACAGGUAUACUGAUUUAACCUACGCUAGGCUAAAAUUUCAAUUUGUUGGUUUUAAAUGACAAUUUCUGAUUUGAACACGAAUUUGGCCAUUUGUUCA